AUGAAGUUCUGCUCCUACGCCGUAUCCCUUGUCGGACUGGCCACCGCUUCUCCGCUAGCCGACUCGUCCCUCGCCGGACGAGACAUGACGGCCGCUUCCGAUUUCCAGGACGAACGAGUCCAGCUCGUCGACUGCCUCGAGCGUUUCUGUCAGCUGGCCCACGGGCCGGCCGUACACGGGGGCUGGGCCACCUUGCAGGUGAGCUGGAUCAAGAGCAGAGCAGAACUUGACCAGGCCUUGAAGGAGUGCAAGCGUGGCUGUGUCCGGGGCGUCGUGAGAAACGUCAAGAAGAAGCUCUCCUGGAAGGUAAAGGGGAUAGACUUGUGGCCGGAGAAGCAAGAGGAUGCAAGGCCGGGCCUGUCCAGAAGACGCAUGGCGAUCGAGCCGCCGAUCCGUCUCGAGCGGCUGGAUCGCGCGCAGUCGCAACGGACCAUUCCCGUCCUCUACUGCGAGCCAAUACAGUACUAUGAUUUCAGCGCCGUGCCCGAGCACGUUAACUUGGACCCCAUAGUACGGCAACGGCAAACCAUGGCUGCUAGCUAG